UUUAAAUAAAGUUUUUUUAUUGAUCAAACAAAAGACAGUAAUGUUGGUAACCAAGGAAGCCUUGUGGUUAUUUUUUUAUCAAUAAUUUUGAUAUGAAAAAUAGAAAAUAAACAUAGUGGUUGAUUAUUUUCGUUGUUAUCAAUUUUUUCUUUCAAGAUAUUAGAAGUAAAAAAAAAAAAAAAAUGGAUAUAGAAACAGCAACGACAAUGUUAAAUGACAUGAAUGUUGGAAAAAUAUAUACUGAUAACGAUGUUAAAAUACAAAAUGAUAUAAUCCAAGUGGAAAAAAGUAUAAUUGAAAAUGAAAAAAAUAUUGCAUUAAAGUGGCUUGAUGAAAAGUUUGAUGCUCAGAAUGAAAUUGACGAUGAUGAUGAUAAAAUUGUGUAUCCAUUUGAAAAAGAUGAGAUUAUAGAAAAUUUUGAUAAAUAUGUUUUUCAUCAAGUUGAUGACAAACAGAUAGAUGUAAAAAAAGAAAAUGAUGAACAAGUUAAUUGUAUCAAAGAAAUAAAAUUAAUAGUAGAUGAAAUUUGUCAAAAAGUUGAGGAAAAUCUUGAUGAGACCAAGAAAAUUGAUACAAAAAAUGAAGAAGAAAAUUUUAAUUCAGACAAUAAUGCUGAUAGUGUUGAUGAUCCAGAUGAUUCUUGGUUAUCUUUUAAAAAUAAAGAAGAAGAAUAUGUACCAAUUGUAGGAAAAAUAUAUGAAGUAAAUGAAAAAGAACAUGGAAUAAGAAUGACUGAAGAAUUAUUAAAGAAACAUUGCAAAGAAAAAAAAUUAUAUCAAACACCAUAUUUGAAUGAUACUCUCUACCUUCACUAUCAAGGUUUUUCUUUCAUUGAAAAUUUGGGAAAAUACACUGGAUUAAAAUGUCUGUGGUUGGAAAAUAAUGGAAUAUCAGAAAUAGCUAAUUUGGAAAAUCAAAAAAAUUUACGAUGCUUAUAUCUUCAUCAUAAUUUAAUAAGAAAAAUUGAAAACUUGGAUUGUCUAGAAAAAUUGGAUACAGUUAAUUUUUCUUACAAUAUGAUUAAAAAAAUUGAAAAUCUUGGAUCAUUGAAAUUUCUCAACACUUUGAAUAUAUCUCAUAAUUAUCUGAAGGAAGUUGAAGAUAUUGAUGAGCUGAAAUUAUUAAAAUCACUGACUAUUCUUGAUGUGUCACAUAAUCAGCUUGAACCUGUAGAAAUAAUUGAGGUAUUUGCUGGUAUGGAGUCAUUGAGAGUCUUGUCAUUGAUGGGUAAUCCAGCAUUAAAAUCAAUAAGUUCAUAUCGAAAAACAACAAUUUUAAAAUGCAAGGAACUUCGACAUCUUGAUGAUCGUCCAGUUUUUCCAAAGGAACGAGCAUGUGCAGAAGCAUGGAAACGAGGAGGUCCUCAAGAAGAAAUUGCUGAAAGAGAUAGAUGGAACAAAGCUGAGCAACAAAAAAUAACAGACAGUGUUUAUGCACUUAUAAAAAAAAGGAAAAAUAUUAUUUCGAUAUCUGAUGAAUGUGAAGAUAAUUCUGUAAUAGAAAAAAAUGAAAAUAUUCCAAUUGAUUUGCCUGAUCUUGAAGAUGGUGAAUCAACUGAAAAUAUUUUUGCUGAAAAAAAAUCAUCAGUUUGUUUGGAAAUAUUUUCUUCUUCAGAUGAUGAAGAAGAAGAAGAAGAAAGUGAUAAGAAUAAAGACGAAGAAAUUAAUAAAUAUGAACCAAUAAAUAUUACAAAGCCAAAAAAAUUGAUUGAGGAAAUAUCCUCGUGUGAUUUGGAAAAUGUAAAUGAAAUUCAAAUUGGUGCUAAGCAAGUUUCAACAAGUACUGAUGGAAUAUGUGAUUUAAAUAAAGAUACCAAAGACAUCAUUCCAACAUUGGAAAAUUUAGAAAACAUAGAUUUAAAAAUUGAAAAUAAUAAACGUUCAAAAACUCAAGAAUAUUUUGAAGAUUUAUUAGACACAAUGUCAAAAAUUCCACAGUCACUUGAAAUGCAAAUUACUCAGGGUAAAUGAAACCUCCUUUUUCUGAAGUUCAAUUAUUCAAUUAUUAUUAAUAAUUAUAUGUGAUUUGUCAUGUUGUU